CACAUUUGACAUAAUUUGUCGGUGGCCGCAUGCUGAAGUACAGGAGUAUAACAUGAAAAUACUCGUCUUUUGAAUGUUGUCGCCUUACAGGGUUUUGCCAGAGUAAACGCAGGGAACAAUGGUGAAGUAUUUCUGCUGCGCAGGUUUGCUGAAAAGCAGCUGGGACCAAGUUUGUGUUGCUUUCUGGCAACGAUAUCCCAACCCGUACAGUAACCAUGUUUUGACCGAGGACAUCAUUUUCCGAGAGGUUACUCCAUCCAACUGCCUCAUUUCCAGACGUCUGUUGACCAAAACGAGCCGAUCGCCUCGAUGGAUGGAACCAUACCUUCCAAAGAAAAUGUCCAGCUCGGCAUACAUCGUUGAGGAUUCUAUUGUGGACCCUCAGAAAAGGACCAUGACCACACUAACAUGGAACAUCAGCCACGCUCGCCUCAUGUCUGUUGAAGAGCGCUGCAAGUACCAAAUUAACCCUGACAAUGGCAGCUGGACGCAGAUAAAAAGAGAAGCUUGGAUCUCUUCCAAUGUGUACGGGCUCUCCAGAGCUAUUCAGGAAUUUGGUUUAGCAAGAUUCAAGACCAGUGUUACAAAGACCAUGAAAGGGUUUGAAUAUGUGCUGGCCAAAAUGCAAGGUGAAACUCCUUCAAGAACCUUAGCAGAAACUGCUACGGAGCGAGCAAGAGAGACAGCACUGGCAGCUAAGGAGAAAGCCAAAGACCUCGCCUCACAGGCGCAAAAGAAACAAUAUGUGUGAUGAGCUGCACAGAUCACCAGUUCUUUUGCCACCGACACUGGGAACGGAUUUCUCUUUACUCUCCCCUCAUGGUGCAGUCGAGCAUUGGGUUAAGAGAAAUCGAUCCUGGUCAUGGGCAGACACCUGACCUCUAUGAGGAAGCCUCCAACUGAAAUGGUGGGUGGACCAUAAAAGGCCUGAGCUGGGUUCAGGAGCCUGUUCCAGCUUCCUGGAAUAUACUGUACCUUUGAUACCAGAUCAUCUCAUUAUUUACCAUAGAUAGAAAUCUUAAAGGUUGAAUAUGGCUCUGGGUGCCAUAAAAUAAUAAUAGCACUCUGCCAAGCUUGAAUCUCUUCCUCAGAUCUUUGCUCACCCUGUGUGCCCAUCAACAAAGUUUACUCUUUCUUCUGUUCCUGUUAGUAUGUCAUGUUGUUUUGCUAUAGCUUUGUAUUUACAGCUUUUUGUUCGGAAGCUAAAGUUAGCAUAGCACGAAAUAUCUGAUCAAUGCAAUUAAUGUGUAUGAUUUACUGCAGUUGUACGAUUUGCCUCAAUUAUGUUAUACCUUAAAGUCCACCCAAUCACACCUUAAUCACCCUACCACGACUGAUUACUUCAAGUUGAAGUUCAUUGACUGAAGAAGGGUCCAUAUUGUUGGCAGUCAUAGCUUGAUAAGAAACACUCACUUAGCAUUUAAACUAAGAUUUGCUUGUCAUGGACAUCAGUGUCUAUGCCAAAAUUUAAAGUAUGUGUACAAAGGCAGAAAUGUGACCUUGUAUUGUACAUUCAGUUUCAGCCUGAUGAUACAACCCAUUAAACAAUGUGCUCUUAUUGUAUCAACUAAAUCAGCUUGUCAAUAAAUGGACAGUUCCUUUGUAA